UGGGGGUUUUCGGAUUAGAGGUGUGAAAAGAACAUUUUUUUUUCUGACAGCAGCUUCGAGGAAGUAGCCGAGGGGGCGGUGACCUGCUGAAGCCGCGCGUGUGUGUGAGUGAAUGUAUCUGUGUGUGUGACAGCGCUGGUGAGGAACGCCUGUCUUCAAAACCUUCACCAUAAUCGUCUUCCGGCAGACGGCUGUGGAGGACUGAGCAGGAAGACGAAUAAGACAGACAAAAAGCCUCGUAAUAUUCUGAGGAAGAAGACGAGUGCGUGUCAGGGAGGAAGUAGCUGUAGUUUUAGCCUUUUUAACUCAACAUGACGGAGUUCUGGGUUUGCUUUAGCUGCUGCGUCGCUGAACAGCCCCAGCCGAAGAGGAGGCGGAGGAUAGAUCGGUCGAUGAUUGGAGAACCCACCAACUUUGUUCACAUGACGCACGUGGGCUCGGGGGACAUGGGGAUGGGUUUAGCAGCGGUGGACUCAGUGCAGGCGCAGAUGAAAUCGAAAGGUGGUUAUGGAAACGGCGCACCUGAGAACGCACAGUGACCAGGGGGUGUGUGUGUGUGUGUGUGACCUGCGAGUGUGUGUGUGACCUGCUGAUCUGAACAGCGAGGGAUGCUGGACUAUUAAAAAAAAAACAAAAAA